UGUGUUAAGGGAAAUGAUUUCCACUGAGUUUGUGGCGUACAGUUUUGUAGAGAGCGUCUUGGUGGUGGAGGUUGAAGACGAAGCAUUGAGGAAGUAGAAAUAGAAAUAGAAAUAGAAAGGGUAAUUGAUGAGGAUCAGAAAACAUUCGAUUGCCGUAUCAUCCGCCUCCAAUGGCAGAUCCACUGAGAAGGAUGAGAAGGAGGAAGAGGAGGAGAGGAAGAGAAAGGAAUUUCUUCUUCCUCUGGUAGCGGCGGUCGCUACCGCAGAAGGAGAAAUUACAGUGAAGCCUCCUCACAACUGGAAAAAUGCAUUGGUCACAUGCACUUCACACAGCGAAGCAGCUCAGGUAGUUCGGGAAGUGCAGAAAGCCAAUCACAGAUGGAAUGAGAUUAUGAGCACCAAUCGACUGAAGAAACGAUCAGUCCUCCCAAGCGAAGGCUUUUUUAUGGAAAUUCAAGGAAUCUCAGUGAAGAAACACAAGGCAAGCAGUAAGAUCUCAAAACUCUACGCGAAGCAGGAUUUAACAAAAUCAGGCCAGUUUGAACUUGAAAAGACUUCAAUGCGGAGAGGGCGGGAGCACAAUUUGAGAGAAAAGGAAAAAAGAGAUGACGAGCAUUCUACCAUAGUUUCUGUUGAUCAUGGAAGGAAAGAUGAUUCAUAUGGUGGCACUAGGGAGAGUACCCACAAGUACAAAAAUAGAAGAAAAACGAAUAGCACAAAGAACAACAAUGAUAAGGACGUAGGAUCCCAGUGCAGGAGGAGGAAUGGGAGGGGAUGGCGGUGCUCUGAGAGGACGCUUGUGGGAUAUUCAUUGUGCGAGCACCAUCGUGGCAAGGGCAGAUUUAAGAGCCUCAAUGGCAGUAAUGGUGCAGAUAAAGUUUCUGUGAAUAAUAAAAGCAACAAAUUCAAAGAAUUGAGCUUUAUACAAGGUGAUGUUUCAUGUAAAGUUGAAUUUCCUUAAGACUUUCAAGGAUAAAUGUUUCAAUAUCAUGUUAAUCUCUCCCAGAGAACGCUUAACAGAUUUUUUCUUUGUUUUUUUAAAUGAAUAAGUGUGUAGAUGCUUAGCAGAAAUUUAGAAGCUGUAGGGGAAAAAAUGCAUGGAUAUGCUGGCUUUGGGUCUGUUAUAUUCAAUGUUUCUUUUCAAAAAUUGUGUAAGCUUUGCCUUUGGAAUUUGUUACUGUAGUUGUAUAGCUACAAAUAGAUUUGUAUUUAUUUGAUAUGGAGAUAUGGAGAUAUCCUCGCAGAUAGACUUAUAAAUUCUAUUGCCCAGUUCACAUA